GUUAAUGUCCCGACAGAUGGAGAUGCUGAAUGGAGUGUUAAAACUGCUGAGAGAGCAGUGGUAGUUGAAAGGACAGAUGAUGUUAACAGUGUGAGGGUCACAGUUUCCGGACUGUUGCAAUUGGAUGUGAAGGUAGUACCAAUAGGAGAGAAUGAAAAUAAGGUUCACAACUAUCAAAUACCAGCAGAUGAUGCUUUUGCUCACCUAGAGACACAAUUUAAGUUUUUCAAUCUAUCCAAAGAUGUUGAAGGAAUUCUUGGCAAGACUUACCAGCCAGGUUAUGUAAGUCCAGUCAAGCGAGGCGUACCAAUGCCAAUCAUGGGUGGGGAAGACAAAUAUCAGACACCGGCACUGCAUUCAGCUCUCUGCAAGAAAUGCAGGUUCCAAAGAUCCGCCGGUGUUGCCUCAAUAUGAUGAUGAUCUUGAUGAAGAUAUUAACGAAUGAAUGUAGUACUGGAAUUCGUUCAGUCGAUAGUUUUUUUAUUGUAUGUUAACUAAAUUAUUCCUAUAAAUCUCAUUGUAUUUGGAUAUGUUACUAAGAAUAUGUGAAUAAGGGAUGUGGAAAUCACACAGAAAUUUUCUGAGUUUACAAUGA